UCAAAAAGGUGGUGCGGCGCGGCGUUAUACCCCACCCCUCCCUGACCCGCUCGUGCUCCUCGCUCGCCGUUCGACCACCAAACACUUGCCGCAGUCCAGCCAGAGCCAAGGCAAUCUAGUGGCGGCGGCGGCAGCAGCAGCAGCAGGGCGCUCCUCGGCUCCGCUCCAUCGCGUCGCCAUGGCCGCGCCGCCGCUGGUCCCGCGCCGCGGCCUCUUCGUCGGCGGGGGAUGGAGGGAGCCGUCCCUCGGGCGCCGCCUCCCCGUCGUCAACCCGGCCACCGAGGCCACCAUCGGCGACAUCCCGGCGGCCACGGCAGAGGACGUGGAGAUCGCGGUCGCGGCGGCGAGGGAUGCGUUCUCGCGCGACGGCGGGAGGCACUGGUCGCGCUCCCCCGGGGCCGUGCGGGCCAAGUUCCUCAGGGCGAUCGCCGCCAAGAUUAAAGAUAGGAAAUCUGAUCUGGCUUUGCUUGAGACACUUGAUUCCGGGAAGCCUCUGGAUGAAACAGUUGCAGAUAUGGAUGAUGUUGCUGCAUGCUUUGAGUACUAUGCUGAUCUGGCAGAAGCUUUAGACGGGAAACAACAUUCACCAAUCCCUCUACCUAUGGAAAAUUUCAAGUCCUAUAUACUCAAAGAACCCAUUGGGGUUGUUGGACUGAUCACUCCUUGGAACUAUCCUCUGUUGAUGGCUACUUGGAAGGUUGCACCUUCCUUGGCUGCUGGGUGUACAGCUGUGUUAAAGCCAUCAGAGUUGGCUUCUCUGACUUGCUUAGAGCUUGGUGCAAUAUGCAUAGAAGUAGGCCUACCUCCAGGUGUGUUGAACAUAAUUACUGGUCUGGGCUCUGAAGCUGGUGCUCCAUUAUCUUCACAUCCCCAUGUCGAUAAGGUUGCUUUUACUGGAAGUACAGAGACUGGUAAGAAGAUAAUGACUGCUGCUGCCCAAAUGGUUAAGCCUGUUUCGUUAGAACUUGGAGGCAAAAGUCCACUUAUUGUCUUCGAUGACGUUGACAUUGACAAAGCUGUUGAAUGGGCCAUGUUUGGGAUCUUUGCGAAUGCUGGUCAAGUCUGCAGUGCUACUUCUCGUCUACUUCUGCACGAGAAAAUAGCAAAGCAGUUCUUGGAUAGAUUGGUCGCAUGGGCAAAGAAUAUCAAAAUCUCCGACCCACUGGAGGUAGGCUGCAGGCUGGGGUCUGUUGUCAGUGAAGGGCAGUAUGAAAAGAUAAAGAAGUUCAUCUCAACUGCAAGAAGCGAAGGUGCCACAAUUUUGUAUGGCGGUGCCCGACCACAGCACCUCAGAAAAGGGUUCUUUAUCGAACCUACAAUUAUAACAGAUGUUAGUACAUCAAUGCAAAUUUGGCGAGAGGAAGUCUUCGGACCAGUCAUCUGCAUCAAAGAGUUCAGGACAGAGAGUGAAGCUGUGGAACUCGCAAAUGAUACUCACUAUGGUUUAGCUGGUGCAGUGAUCUCUAAUGAUGAAGAGAGGUGUGAGCGCAUUUCAAAGGCUCUUCAUUCUGGUAUUGUUUGGAUAAAUUGCUCGCAACCAACCUUAGUCCAAGCUCCAUGGGGAGGGAACAAGCGGAGCGGUUUUGGUCGUGAGCUCGGAGAAUGGGGCCUUGAGAACUACCUGACCGUGAAGCAAGUCACCAAGUACUGCUCGGAUGAGCCAUGGGGAUGGUACCAGCCUCCAUCGAAGCUGUAAACGGAUUCAUGCCAGGAAAAAUGAGCGCAUCACACUGAAGACACAACAUCAAUCCUGCGCAUGGACAGAAACUUGUGAACAGUACAGUGCUCUUCCAAUAAAAGCCCUUAAAGCAAAGCGGCUUGUACUGCUGCUAACGAAUUCAGGACAGAGUGUACCUUAUCAUGGGCUGUCUAGUCUGCACUCUUUAUCAUUCGCCAUUUCACACUGGUGCGCAGUUGCUCUAGACAAGAUCGGAGUGAAAAGAUAAUUGGAUAAUCUUGAGACUUAACGAUAUUUAACGCAACCUCUUUUCCCUUUUUUU